AUGAAUCAAUACGAAACCAAAGCCAAAUACAACAUAGCUGAGACAUGUGCUUCGUCAAUUUCGAUCAGUGAGCUGCAAGAGCUGUCAGACGACAGGAAGAAUGUACCAUUAGCGAUUUCUUCGAGAAAACUAACAUAUGGGUCAAUACGUGGAUCUGCUGAACUCCGUGAGAACCUGGCGAAUCUGUACUCGUCCAAAGCACCGACACCACUGACUUUGGACAACCUUCUGAUUACACCCGGAGCUAUUGCGGCGAAUUUGACCGUUCUCUAUGCCAUGGUUGGCAGAGGCGAUCACGUCAUAUGUCAGUGGCCAACCUAUCAACAACUUUACGCCGUGCCUGCCAGACUUGGUGCAGACGUAUCUUUGUGGAAAGCAAAUGAAGCGAAGAACUGGCAUCUGGACAUCAAUGAUCUAGAGGCCCUUAUUCGACCUAAUACCCGACUCAUAAUUAUCAACAAUCCAAUAAACCCAACUGGCCAGAUUAUCAGUAAAGGAACAUUGCAAAGCAUCAGUGCCAUCGCCGAGAAGGCAAAAAUUACGAUCCUUUCAGAUGAGGUCUAUCGACCGUUGUUCCAUUCAAUUUCUCCGGCUUCGGAUGACUUCCCGCCUUCUAUGCUGAAUGUCCCAUAUUCGAAGACAAUUGUGACAGGAUCAAUGUCCAAAGCAUACAGUCUGGCAGGCAUUCGAGUCGGAUGGAUCGCAACUCGCUUAGAAGCCAUAAUGAGUGCAUGUGCAAUGGCCAGAGACUUUACUACCAUAAGUGUCUCUCAGCUAGACGAUCAAGUUGCUGCAUUCGCUUUGAGUCAGGACUGUAUCCACAACCUCCUGUCCCGAAACCUGAAGCUCGCCAAAACUAAUUUAGCGCUCCUAGAGCAAUUCGUGGACAGUCAUAAGUGGGCAUGUCAGUGGACGAGACCGGUUGCAGGUACGACCGCAUUCAUCAAGUUCGUGAAGAUGGGCCGUGCGGUGGACGACGUAGUCUUCUGUAAGGAUCUCAUAGACAAAACAGGGGUCAUGUUCUGCCCUGGCAGCCAUUGUUUCGGCGACGGGGAAGACUUGAGAGGAUACGUCCGGGUUAUCACCAGUUUCAUGAUGUCUGGGGAAGCAUGGCUGUACUUACUGGCCGUCCUCAUAAAUGCGGUCAAUCUGUUUCUCCAAGUGUUUUUUACUAUCAUGUACAGUGAUUUAGAAUGUGACUAUAUUAAUCCUAUCGACCUCUGCAACCGACUCAACACGUACAUUGUUCCUGAAGCAGCCGUCCACGCUUUCCUCACUACGCUCUUCCUCAUCAACGGGUACUGGGUGGCUCUCAUCCUCAAUCUGCCUUUGGUAGCAUACAACGCAAAGAAGAUCUACGAGAAUCAGCACCUGUUAGACGCUACGGAGAUUUUUAGGAAGCUCAACGUUCAUAAAAAGGAAUCGUUUAUCAAACUCGGUUUCCACCUCUUGAUGUUCUUUUUCUACCUAUACAGCAUGAUUGUUGCCUUAAUACGAGAUGAGUCGCAUUGA